AUGACAAGCACUAGUAAUUUAAGUUUUGUUCCUUGCCAAAUCGAUGGUAAUUUUAAUCUAGGAAAUACAGAUUUAAUUAACGAAUUAGAAAAAAGACUUUCAAAACUUCAUAUCUCAAACACUAAUAAUAUUAAUACUCUUACGAAUGAAGAAUCUGAAAAUAGUGAUAUUAAUAGUGAAACAAAUUUUGAAACUCUUGCUCAACAAUUUGAUACAAAUGAUGACAUUAAUCAACUCACUAAUGACUUUUCAAAACUUAAUAAAAUUCAUCAAUCAAAGCAAAGCACUUUCGGAAAAAAUCCAAAACCAACCAUAAGAAAUUAUUGGAAUAGACCCUCUCUUCCAGAUGUUCAACUUGAAGAACGAACUUUUCAAUUUGAUCGUUCUCAAUAUGAUGGUAAUUCUGUUUAUGAAUGGAAUAUUGAUGGCCAUUCUGAACAUCAAAUUAUGAAUAUUGUUCAAGAAAUGACUAUGGCUGCUAAUGCUUAUAAAGCUCAUAAUAAUACUCAACUCCAAAUUGUUAAUAUUAUUACUUCUGGUUUUACUGGCAGUCUUAAAGGAGAUCCUACUACUUUUCAAGAAAAAACUUCAGAAAUUUUAAUGAAUUUACAUUGUAGAAAACUUACUGAUUUUAGAUGGUAUAAAGAUAAUUAUCUUGUUAAAGUUUUUUCAAGACCUGAUUGUAAAGAGUCCUAUUGGAAAGAACGUUUUAUUGCUGGCCUUCCAAAACUCUUUGCGGAAAGAGUUAGACAAAAAUUAAGAGAAAAUUUUAAUAAUACCAUCCCUUAUCAAAAUUUAACUUAUGGAGAUUUAAUAAACUAUAUUAAUAAAGAGGGAUUAGCAGUUUGUGCUGAUCUUAGGUUUAAAGAAAAACUCAAAAAAGAUAGAAUUAACAGUAAAAAUGAAUUGGGAAAUUUUUGCCAACAAUAUGGUUAUCAGCCCUUGAAUGGUCCGUCUACUUCAAAAUCUAAAGUAUUUAAGAAAAGAUCUUCAAAAUAUUUCAGGAAAAAGAAAUAUAAUCUUCCAGAAAAUUAUAAAAAGGGCAAAGAUUACGCUUCAAAAUCUAAAAAACCUUAUAGACUAAAUUAUAAAAAAUCUAAAAGAAAAUCAAAAGAUAUUAUUAUUUGUCAUAAAUGUGGGCGUAAUGGUCAUACAGCUAAUAAUUGUUAUGCUAAGACAAAAAUAAAUGAGUUAAAUGUCUCUGAAGACUUGAAAGAACAAAUAAGAAAAAUUAUUUUAAAUACUGAUUCAGAUUCCGAUGAAAGUAUUUCUGACUUUCAAACAAAUGAUUUAAAUAUUCUCGAAAAUACUACUUCAAGUUCUGAAGAUUCUAAUAUUUGCGAGUGUAUUGGUAAAUGUCACUGUAACAAUUUAAUCAAUGUAAUUACUAGUAGUUCCAUUAAUGUUCUUUCACAAGAUGAUAAAGAUCUUUUAAACUCUCUUGAUUCUAUAAAAGAUUAA